AUGAAAGCAAAAUCAAAUCUUGUUCGUAUCGGUUGCUAUAGCGCAUUCUGGGGUGAUUCCGUUUCUGCGGCAACCCAAUUAAUCAAAGCUAAAGGUUUAGAUUAUUUGGUUGCCGAUUAUCUUGCAGAAGUAACAAUGGGUAUUUUAGCUCGACGUCGUAAUCAAAGUAAUCAAAAAUCAUCAAAUAAUGAAGAAGGAAAAGAUUUAGGUGGAGCAGGUGAAGGCGGUUAUAUUGCUGAAUUUAUUUCUUUUGUUCUUAAACAAAAUUUACCUGAUAUCAUUAAACGUAAAAUUAAGAUUGUAACUAAUGCGGGAGGUUUAGAUCCUUUAGCGUGUAAAUUAGCUAUUGAAAGUGCUAUUCAAAAAGCUGGUAUUAAAGAAGGACAAAUUAUUGUGGCAGCAAUUACUGGUGAUGAUAUUUUAAAUCGAAAAAAUGAAUUAAAAAAUGAUUUCAAAAAAUUUAGUCAUAUUUAUGAUAAUGAAACAGAUUCAGAAUCUUAUCCCAGUGAUAAAGAAAAAGAAAUUAUUUCAUUAAAUGCAUAUUUAGGAGCUUUUCCAAUCGCUAAAGCUUUAGAUGAAGGAGCUACAAUAGUUGUUACAGGAAGAUGUGUAGAUAAAUGUGGUUGUCAAGUUACUGGAGGAAAUUUUACAGAUUGGGAACAAAGUGUUUUCUCACCAAAUGGUGGAUGGAUAAAUAUGGGAUAUCCUAUUAUAGAAUGUUUUUCAAAUGGUGAAUUUAUUGUUACCAAACCAAGAGAAACUGGAGGGUUAGUAACAACUUCCACAGUAGGUGAACAAAUGUUAUAUGAAAUAUUAGAUCCUGGUUCUUAUAUUUUACCUGAUGUAAUUUUAGAUAUGAGAAAUGUAAAAUUAAAACAAAUAGAUGUAAAUAAAGUAUUAGUAACUGGUGCAAAAGGAAGACCCCCCACUGAUAGUUUAAAAUUAUCAGGAAUUUAUCAAGAUGUAGCUCAUUCAAUUCUUCUUAGAACGCGUAUAAUAUUAGCUAAACUUAAGUUUAAAGAUCUUCGUAAUCUCAAUGUUGAAACAUUGGGAGCAGAACAUAUUUAUGGAAUACAUGCUAGAACUCGUGAUACUCGCGAAGUUGUUUUGAAUAUUACCGCAGUUACAUCCAUGGCACCAGGAAUUACUGGUCGACCUCAUCCAUCUCCAUGUCUUGUACAUUUCUCUUGCCUUUUACCAAAAAGCAAAGUUUCAGCAAUUGUUACAGUAGGAAAUAAGUCACCUCUGAUCGUAACAUUUGAUGAUCUCGCCAAAAUUUCGGAAAUUCCCGAAUCUCCUGAGAUUCAAGAAAAUUUUAAUAUAAAUAAUUUUAAUAUAUUAGUGAAAAUUCCUUUAAUAAAAUUAGCAUGGGGUCGAAGUGGAGAUAAGGGUGAUACUUGUAAUAUUGGAAUAGUCAAAAGAUAUGAAUUACCUGGAAUUAAUGGAUUAAAUUUUGUUUUAACUAAAAGAGGAUUGAGUUCCUUGCGAAUUGAUAGACAAGGAAAAACUUAUGCACAAAUGCUUUUAAGUUUUAAAGUUGUUGCACCAGCAGGAUUAUUUGCAAAACUUUAA